UGUAGCGUUAUUCCUCCGUUGGAUGUUAUUUGUUGUGUUGUGUUUUAAUUUGGCCUUUUUAAAUUAAAUGUCUACCAGUAACGUUAUAUAAUCUUAUUUCCCUUCAGAAAUGUUAUUUACACUAUAGUUGUUAUUUAAAAAAAUUAUAUAAUGACUACCUCAAGGGUUGCAUAAUUUCAUUAUAUAACACGACUUUCAUUACAUAUUUCAUCACCGACCCGACAGAUUUUGUUUGUCCUUUCAAAGACUAAACAUGCUUCAGUUUGGAACUCCAAUUCAUUAUUUGCCACAAGUAAUUGCUCCUUUAAAAAAUUUCGCAACAAUCUUGUCGAGUUAUGUCAAUAAAAUAAGUGUUAAGUUUAAGGAGAGGAAGCAUGAAAGCAAAUCUGAUGAAUGUCUGAUAAUAUGUCCUGAGAGUUUUCAAGAAGUUCUUAUGAAUGUUGAUCCUGCAUUCAUAAAUAUACACUCGUAUCUUAUUGAAAAAUACAAGAUCAACUUAAUUGAUCAAGGGGUUAGUCUGCAUCCUGUAUUUUACUCAUCAAAUCCAACUUUCUUUGAAAAUAAGUAUGGAUUUCCAGAAGUAGAGUUAUGUCAUAAAAACAUGUUAACAAAUGGUGUCAGCUUAUUACGUCUGAAAUAUAAUGUCCUCCACUAUCCUAUUGCUAGAGGGUUCAAAACUAGAAGUGUUAGUAAAUGUGGCGGUUUGCGUACUUCAUCCAAUAGCUCAUCUGUUUCUUUAUCUUGGAAAGAUCGUCUCCCUUUCUUUGGCGGCUGGAAAAGCAAAGAAUUAAAGAGCCAAGCUGCUGUUGAUCAACAGGCAAAAUUAAAAACUCUGCUUUCAGAUGAAAGUUUAACAGUAGAUGAACAACAAAGACUUCGCAUAGCAUUUGCAGAAGGCUAUAGUGCUGCUGAUACUAAAGAUAAAGCGAGUUCAAAAGUCAGCAUAUUUAAUAUAUUUAGAGAUUUAUUGGGUAUUAUUCUUAUAUUGUAUAUUCUGUCAUCUGUUAUGAGUGGGUCUUUUCGUCGAGUUUUUAUGGGAACUGCAAAUGAAGUUUAUCCGGAAGAAAUUGAUGUUACUUUUGAUGAUGUUAAAGGUGUAAAUGAAGCUAAACAGGAGCUACAGGAAAUUGUAGAGUUUCUGAAAAAUCCAGAUAAGUUUUCAGCUUUAGGUGGAAAGCUACCUAAGGGAGUGUUGCUUGUUGGACCACCAGGUACUGGUAAAACGCUUUUGGCUCGUGCAGUUGCAGGUGAAGCUGAUGUACCAUUUUUUCAUGCUGCAGGCCCUGAAUUUGAUGAAAUUUUAGUUGGACAAGGUGCUCGUAGAGUUCGAGAUCUCUUUGCAAGGGCUAAAUCUCGAGCACCUUGUGUAAUAUUCAUUGAUGAAAUUGAUUCUGUUGGUGCAAAACGUAGUAAUUCGUUAUUGCACCCUUAUGCCAAUCAAACAAUUAAUCAGUUGCUUACUGAAAUGGAUGGUUUUAGACAAAAUGAAGGUGUUAUAGUUUUGGGUGCCACUAAUCGAAGAGAUGAUUUAGACAAAGCUCUUUUGAGGCCUGGUAGAUUUGAUGUAGAAAUUACUGUUAGUGUUCCAGAUUUAAAUGGCCGUAAGGAGAUUCUCCAGUUGUAUCUUGGGAAGGUAAAAAUGGCACAAGAUGUUGAUGUUGACAUGCUUGCCAGAGGAACAACUGGCUUCACUGGUGCAGAUUUAGAAAAUAUGGUUAAUCAAGCUGCAUUAAGAGCUGCUAUUGAUCAAGAACAUUCAGUAACUAUGAGUUAUCUGGAAAAUGCCCGAGACAAGGUGUUAAUGGGCCCUGAGAGGAAGUCGAGAAUUCCAGAUGAAGAGGCUAACGUAAUUACAGCAUACCAUGAAGCUGGACAUGCUCUUGUUGCUCAUUACACCAAAGAUUCUCACCCUCUACAUAAAGUAACUAUUAUACCAAGAGGUCCAUCUUUAGGACAUACUGCUUAUAUACCUGAGAAAGAGCAUUAUCACGUGACCAAAUCUCAAAUGCUUGCCCAAUUGGAUACUCUAAUGGGAGGAAGAGUUGCUGAAGAACUAAUAUUUGGAUCAGACAAAAUUACUUCAGGAGCAUCAAGUGAUUUAAAACAAGCUACUGCCAUUGCCACAAAUAUGGUUAAAGGAUGGGGUAUGUCGGAAAAAGUUGGAGUACGAACAUUUGAUGAAGAUAAUAGAUCCAUUAUUGUUGUGAGUGAACUUUCAUCCACCACUUCUGAGAACAUAGAUUCUGAAAUCAAAAGAUUGCUUAGCGAAUCAUACGAACGAGCCAGAAACAUCCUUAAGAUUCAUUACAAAGAGCAUAAGAAAAUUGCCGAGGCAUUGCUAAAAUAUGAAACAUUAGAUGCAAAGGAUGUAAAACAACUUUUGACUGAAUCUGGUGAUCUAUCUAGAAAAAUAAAAGAUGCAUAAAGAACAAUAACUAUAUUUAUAUGUAGAUACCUAAUUUAAAAUUGUGAUUUUAUUGUCAAAGCUUCACUCGAUAGAAUCAGUUAUUCAAAUUCAUUAAAAACAUUGUUAAUUGCUUUUAGUUUUAUUCUACCUUUAAAAUUUACAAUGGUAACAAACAGGGUUAAAAAAAAAAAGUUUUUUUCAAUAAAAAGCAUGGUUUUUUGGUUAAAACCAGGUUUUAUUUAAUAACUUUGUUGAAUAAUAUUUUAAGCCCUCAAUUGAAAUUAACUAAACUAUUUCAUAAUACUUAACUGUUCCAUUUAACUAUUAAUCUAUGUUUUUAAGAACAAUUCAAAAAUAUACACUUCAGUUCCUUAAAAUGCUAAAACAUAGCUGCCACGAGCGACCAAAAAGGGAUGACUAAUUAAAAUUCAAAAUUUUAUUGAAAGGGAUUAAAAUUAGUAACUUUUAAUCAAAUAUUUUUUUUCUUCAGAUUACUAUUGAAAGUGAAUGUAAAGAAUGUGUUUGCUCUGAAUAUGAAUAAUAUGAAAUGUAAGUCAUUAGUGGUAGUUAUGAUUGAAUACUUAAAGAGAUGAUAAAUUAAUAAAAAUGAAUUAAGUUUUUACCACUUUUUACAUUCACUUGUAGCAGCCCUGCUAACAUAAAAAAAAGAAACUGAAUACCUUAAACAUGCUUCUAUAUUGCUUUAUACUCACUUGAAAUUUAAAUUUUAUUUUAGUAAUAUAUGUUAAAGAGUAAUUCCUCUCUAUGCUUGUGUCUAAUAUUUCAGCAUUAUUUAUUUAAUAUCAUUAUUUAGAAAUAUACAAUUUAUAAUAUUAGUAUUAAGUUUCAUGAAAUAUACAUUUCUUAUUUUGUCUCUUUAAAUCUAUUGAAUUAAUACAAAUUUUAAUAUAUUUACAACAAUAUAUCGUAUGUAUUAUAUAUUAAUAAUAUUUUUUAAAAAUACCUGAAAAUAAUGGAAUGAUGAAUAGGUACAAAAAUGACAUGGGUUACAUAUAAAAUAAUAAAAGAAAGUUUUAGUACUAAUGGUUUAAUAAUAAACUGCUAAUCAAUUUAUUUCAACAUGACAGAGCUUUAAGUUUAAUAACAUCAGAAUUUGUAACUGCCUGAAAGUAUUGAUUUUCCUGAUAAAAACUUUAGUUGUUUUUUUAGCUUUUUGACUUGAUAAUUCUGAUUUGUAUGUGAUCAGAAUAGCUGUUUUCGACUGUACUAAUGCAGUUCUUAAAAUAGUCAGUUUGAAUAAUUGAAAGAUUUGAAUUUUCAAUCUAAUAUCGUUUUAUUUUAAUUAAUAGUUUAUACAAAAAAUUCCCUUUGAAUGCUAAGGCGUAUAUAUUCACUGGUUUUUGUUUCGAAAUUAUUGAAAAUCCAUUUUAAAAUAUUUUAUUUGAAAAAAUUAACUUGGCUGCAAAUUUUAAAUAAAUAUUGAAGGAAUAUUAAUUGAUACUGAUUUAUUAAUGACUCAUACCAUUAAAAUUUGUUAAAUAUUGAUCUCAAACUGUUAAGAGUUGCUCAGUCUCUAUUAAAAAUUGUUAAAACUUUUUUUUUUCGAAAUAAAUCAACUCUGGAAUAGUAUAUUUUAUAUUUUUUUGCAGUAAAAUUUGCCCGUGUUAUCUGGUACAUGUAUAGCAUAUCAAAUAAUGUCCUAAUUUUUCUUUAGCCCUCUAAGAGAUCUACCAUUUGCCUAUUAACAUAAUGCUGCUUUAAUAAAGUGAGAUGCUUUGAGAA